AUGCAAUGGACGAGAAAGUCCAAGAGAUAUUCAAUAGUCUCAAGCACCUCAAUAUCUUCCAAUGUAAAGACAUCCAUCUCGAAGCUUUCUUUCGAUAUCUCAUUGGAGAUCAUAAUUUGGCAAUCUCACCAUCUCUUGGGGACGCUGACUACUCCGGUCCAACUUAUCAAGUGUCUGCAGGCUAUUAAGGACUACGCAUUUUAUGCUUCUGAAUAUCCUGUUGUAGCAACUUUUGAGGACCACUUUAAUUCAGAUCUUCAAGCUAAAGUGGCUCAGAUGGUCACUAGAACAUUUGGAGACAUGUCGUUCUACCCUGAGUCAAACCUAAAGGAGUUCCCUUCACUAGAAUUUUUGAAGAAAAUAAUUUUGAUCUCCACCAAACCACCAAAAGUAUUCCGUGAGUUUCAGCGUAUGGAGGUAAAAGGGAAUACACAGAAGGUGAAGGCUUCAACAGAGGAAAAACCUUGGGAGAAUGAGAACCUAGCUGUUGGCAAUGAAAUCAAAACUGAUGACACGGUGAAUGUGAAUAGUGUCAAUUUUUCUUUGACAGUUAGUGCACUGCAUGUCACCAACUUAAUUACAGUCUCACGAUUGUUGACAGGAUGA